CGUAACCCCAACCAACAUUCAACUCAACCGACUUCCAUUCUUCUAAACUUCGCUCGUCUACACUACAUGACCAGCCGCAACAACCGCAACAUCGUCACUGCCGCCCGAGGAGACACUCCAAGAGGACGCUCAUCUUCCGGAAGCACCCCAAGGACAACUCGUCAAUCGGCUGGGCAGCGAAGCAGCAGCGAACGACGACGUCCACAGAGCCGCCCAGGUACUACUCGACAACAGGGAAGACCACAAACAGCCGAAAGACCUAAAACCGUCGAGGACAGCAACGAAGAUGCAGCGUUCAUUGAGCAGCUUCAGGCCUGGGCCCAGGAGACUUCGCGGAAACAGCUGACGGAUCUGGAAUCUGAGUUCGAGCGUCUUCAGAGCCAACCGCGACCGGAACCAUCUGAGGAAUUUGCACGCAAUCCAACACUGAACCGUUAUCGAGAUGUCAUCUGCGUCGAGAACAACCGGGUCGCUCUGACAAACGGACGCUACAUACACGCUAAUUGGAUUGAUAGCCAAGGUGAUCGGCGAUACAUCUGCACGCAGGGCCCUCUUCCGCAGACAGUUGGCGACUUCUGGGAAAUGGUUCUGCAGGAGAAAGUUGAGGCGGUUGUGAUGUUAUGUGACACCGUUGAGCUCAACCGUCCCAAGUGUCACCAGUACUGGCCUAAGGAUAAUACACCAGAAUCGGCAAUCACCAGUCGGGACGGCAACAUAAGAGUUCGGUUCGUGGACACGGAGGCACUGGACGACAACCAUCUUAUUCGGACACGCCUGCAGGUCACCAGCGACAAUCCAAAGCGGCAAGCGAACGUUCGUCACUUCCAUUGGAGACGUUGGCCCGAUCGUGGAGUGCCUAUGAACCAUCUCGCGGCGCUGCGACUGCUCUUCUACAUCGGGAAAUACAAGCCAAUAGUCGUCCACUGUUCGGCAGGUAUUGGCAGGACCGGGACUAUCGUCAUGAUCUACUUGGCUCAGAACACACUGCGCUCUGGGCAGCGUCUGGACUUCUACGAAUUGGUGGCAGAUUUGCGUCGUCAACGGGCAGGCAGUGUGCAAACCCUGGAUCAGUACCUGUACAUCUACAGCGUCUUUCUCCGGUACGCGAAGAACAAGGCUGAUGCGGGCAGGUUCAAAGUGGACACGGAAGCAAUUGACAAAUUGAUUCAGGCCAUAUCUAAGCGCAUCUACAAGCAGACUAAGCGUUAGUUGGGACAGAGGAAUGUUCUGCUGUGAUAUAGUGAUAUGUUCAUGUAUAUUCAUUGUUGUAUUUUGCUUGUGUAUUCGCUUGUAUUUGUAUGUUGACCUCAUAAUUGUGUAUAUAUAGUUGUGAUUAUGUAAAUAAAUAUAUGUAUUUGUGUUUGUUGUUUUGUUUUUAUCAUAGGGUCGAAAUAAACGUUUAGC